GUCAGCCUUGCGCUGGCACGGACGCGGGAUCUUGCUGUUGGAGUUGCCGAAUCAUCGAAUAUCGCGUCGAUUUUCCACCACCUCAUUUCGCCAAAUAUUUUUAUUUCAAAUCGUGGUAACGAUUCGUACAUAUUUCCUUACUAAGACGUGCCUUUCGCUUGCGCUACUUCCUUAGGAGGUUUGACAUACGCCCCCGUUUAACGAUUCGCCGUGGGUGCCUUUCAAAUGUUUAAGAAUACCGGUUUGAGCUGCAGUCUGGCCUUAAACUUCGAGGCGAAGUCCUAUGCAGUCUUGGCGAGGGAGCCUACUCCAACAGCAACUACUCAACACCGGAGGUCGAGAGAUUCUUUGAGAUUUGUCCCACUUUAAACUAAUCAUGAAGAAGACAUCCACUUUUGCGCAGAGGUCUUCACCUGGUCAUCCUUGGUCGUACUUGGUGUGGAUUUUCGUCAUCGUGGGAUUACAAUUCUCGCCUGAGGCCCGUGAUAUGCGACGAGUAGAUCCUGACGACAAAUGCUUACGUUGCAUUUGCGAAGCUUCAAGCGGUUGCAAUACAAAUGUUGGUUGCUCUCGGCCUUACUAUGGUGAUUAUAGUUGUGGCCCCUUUGGCAUUUCAUGGCGCUACUGGGCAGAUGCCGGAAGCCCUAAGCAGGGCAGAGAUCUGGAACACCAGAAUAGUGAGUCAGAUUUUGAAAACUGUGUAGAGGACCCUUUCUGUGCUAUUCGAACAGUGGAGAAUUACAUAAAAAAAUUCAAGGAAGGUGAUGGACGCGAUUGCAAUAGGGAUGGCACAGUCAACUGUUAUGACUAUAUUCAAAUGCACAUCUUAGGAGGUUAUAAUUGCAAUCAGUCAAGUAUCGUCACUGAUUCGAGAUACGAGAAAUUUCAGAAGUGUUAUAAUAUGACCUGGCAUGACAUUGUUGAUUCCCAUUGACGGUACAUUUUUCUGAAACACUUUCUUUUGUUCGUUUCGUCCAUUAUAGAAUUACGCUAAUCUUUGUGUCUUGUCUGCAAGCCUCAAUGCUGUUAACAAUGUGAGCUACGUAAACUUUUCUACUAGUGCUGGUGCUUCGUGGAGUCAUAGGACUUUUUGUAUUAUCUACAAAAGAAUGAUCAAAACUUCAGUGUGAGGAUGGUAUUGCGGGAUAAUUUAAAGUGUAUGACACGACUUUUGUACCAAUGUUUAUUUAAGGAAAAAGCAAAUAUCCAUUUGCACAACUUUUGAUGUUAAAUUUGAGGUUUGCAAGGGCAGUGCAUGUUCCCAGGAGGUUUGCAAAGAACAUAAGGUAUUUAUACCCACUCAUAGAAUAUUUUAAUACUCAGAUCCAUACUUAUUGACACUAUAUUUUAAUGCUGACCGGCUCCUUGAGGUAUGGCUGGUAUUGAAGUGACUUCACCAUUUCAAUAGAAAUGUCAUUUUUUAGUGGAAAAAUUAAACGGCAGAAAAAAUUUUACGCCCCGCUCUGUGCUUUGGUGAUUCUCCCUGCAAAGCACUUGCUUUAAGAAGGUUCUUUUUUUUGAGUAUUUUGUUACAUCUUUUGCUGUAAAAAAAAAAAAAAAAAAAAAAAAAAAAAAACAGAGAGAGAGUACUAUUCGCCUAAAAGGUAUCCCAAGUGCACUUAGUAGCAGUAUACCUGUAGCUCUAAUGGAAAGGAAGGUUAAACCCCCCCAACUUUCAGUCAUAUUUCCUGAAAUUUGGCAAUCCUUAAACUCUGAGUAUCAGUUGCUUUGCAAGCAAGCAAAAUUACGCCGAAAUUUCCAUUGAGAUUUUGAAAUGUAGGUGUAUUUUGAGUAGUUAAAAUUUUCACUCGAAAUCUACAUUUUGAUUUGAACACUUAACAAGUAACCAUAAGGCUUAGUUCACAUUUAAGAAAAUCAUCCGUUGUUUUUUACUAUUUAAAACAUGAUGUGCUACUUCUUUAACGCUUUGAAUUUUAGCCUUUCCUUUCAAAAGAUCGCCAGUUAAUUCUUGUACGCUCAAAAUUCUACACAACUCGCUGAAAGGAACGCGCUGAAUGCAAAUGUAUUUAUUUCCUUUAGUGAUUUACUGUGUUAAGAUUUCAUCAAAGCAUUCGUUCACUUUUUAAAAGCUGGUAUAAUACUUUGGACGUGUAGCCUUUCACCCUAUUCUUUGUUGCCUUGAAAAAUGAGAUAGUCUUUCUUCUUAGAUGGAUUAAAUCAAGCCUGAGAUUUCAUUGACCUUCAGAUCAAGUGCUACUUUUAGCCGCUUAGAACCCGCCCGAGGCGUAGUACCUUAACCAUUUAACAGACCAGCCAUUGGUCAAUUUCUAAUAAACUGUAAUGCAGAUACAGCCUGUUCAUUUCUCUUACUGUACCUCCAUUCAGAUUCUCUUUCUUUCAUUUUACUUUCCAUCCUCUCCUAACAAUGUGCAACUGCGAGGAUUUUCUCCUGUUAAACCUUCAAAUCUUUUUACUGUUAAUUUCAGUUUUAGCGCUGAAUGACCUCAUAGGUCUCAGGGCGUGACAAAAUUUUUUUACUCUAUCCUCUAUUAGUUUCUCGUAGUUUAAGAACCCGUUCAGAUUUUUUUUUUUUUUUUUUUGCAGUUUACGAAUCCUUCAGAUUGUUGUUAUUCUUUGUUAAACCUGAAUGUUACUUAAUUGUUUGUUAGUACUGUUGAGAUUGUUGUUAUUCUUUGUUUAGCUUGAAUCUAAUCUAACAAUUCUUAGUUAAUACUGUUGAGAUGUUGAGCGAGUUUGCUGCUGACUAUGUUGAUUUUAACAACUGAAUUUAGUUUUUAAUGGCUUGUGAAGUAGACCUCACUUUUGUGAUUUGCUUUUAGCACUAACCUCAAAUAUACGAACACAACCAU